AUGCCCAAAUCAUUUCAUGAAGACUUAGUUGCAGACCUUACAAGGCUAUAUGAAACCAAAGAACGUUAUGACAUAAUUAUUAAUGUUGGAGAAGAACCAAAUGUUGAAAAAAUUUACGCCCAUUCUGCACUUCUUUGCAUUAGAUCACCUUAUUUUCAUACUGCAUUAUCUAAUAAGUGGGCUAAAGAAGAAGAUGGAUAUUUGGUUUUAUCAAAACCUAAUAUAAGAGCAUUUAUUUUUAAGAUUGUUCUUGAGUUUUUGUAUUGUGGAACAGCGGAUUUGGAAAGCCUAGAAAUCGAAAUAAUAUUUGAGCUUCUACUUGCUGCAGAUGAACUUUUAAUUCAAAAAUUUACUGCUUAUAUUCAAGAAUUUUUAACUGAAAAUAGCUAUAAAUUCUUAGAACAAAGUCUCAUGAAAGUGCUUUGUUUUAUUGUACAUAAUAAAUUCGAUGAACUUAAUGAUGCUUAUGUGGAGACCAUUUGUGAAAAUCCAGAUUUACUAUUUGAUUCAGAGGAGUUCCUUUCAUUGGAGGGAGAGGCACUAAAAUUGAUUCUUAAAUGUGACAAUCUCGAUAAAGAAGAAAGUGUUAUCUGGAAACAACUAGUUAAAUGGGGACUUGCACAAUGUAAAACGCUUAAAAAUAGCAUGAUGUGUGACGACACUAAGAAUGACGGCAGUGAUAGAUUAGAAGAUAAAACGCUUGAAAAUAGCAUGAUGUGUGACAACACUAAGAAUGAAGGCAGUGAUAGAUUAGAAGAUAAAACGCUUGAAAAUAGCAUGAUGUGUGGCGACACUAAGAAUGAAGACAGUGAUAGAUUAGAAGAUAAAAUGCUUGAAAAUAGCAUGAUGUGUGGCGACGCUAAGAAUGAAGACAGUGAUAGAUUAGAAGAAGUAUUACAAGAAUUAAUUAAAUUAAUUAGAUUUUAUCAAAUUGAUCCUAAGGAAUUCAUUCCAGAAGUAUGGAAAUAUAAACACCUUCUUCCCGAUAAAAUAGUUGAGGAUAUACUACAUUGUCAUUUAGACCCAGAUACGAAACCAAAAUACAACAAAUUUCCGAUUAGAUGGGGAAACUUUAAAGUUGACUCAAUGUUAAUUGAUAAGGAGAUUGCAUUAUUAUUGACGAAUUGGAUAGAUAAAAAAACUAUAGAUGACGAAGAAUCAAAAGGAUUUCAAUAUCAUUUUAAUCUUCUUUUCCGAAAUAGUUUAGACGGUUGUUGUCAUUCGUAUUCUAAAUUUCAUCAAAAAUGUGAUAAUAAAGGAAAAACAAUUGUCAUAGCGAAAGUUACAGAUGAUAGUGAUGGGAAUUGGGUUUAUGGUGGUUACAAUCCACUUGAUUGGAAUGGGAAUGAUGUAUGGAAACCAACAACAGAAAGCUUCUUAUUUAUAUUAAAUAAAGAUGACCUCAGAGGAGGAAUUAUAUCAUACGUUAAUGAUAGUAGCCAUGCAAUUUAUUGUAAUAGUGAUUGUGGACCAAGUUUUGGGGAAGGCCCUGAUUUUCGUAUUUCAAAUGAUGGCAGUAAUGUUACUUAUGGUGUAAAAUCCUAUCACAACGAGUUGAUUUUAGAUAACAAUAAUAUAACUCCAAAACUUGAAAUCACAGAUUAUGAAGUCUUUCAAGUAGUUAGCAACAUUUCUACCCAAGGUUGA